AGAAUCACUCCUAGGAAUCACUGUGAAAGUUACCUUAGUACAAAAAAAACUGAAAGAACUACCCCAGAGUAUUUAUGAAAACUCCUACACUUACUUUCAGCAAGGAGAAGGACUACUCCUAGGAACGAGUGUGACAUCACUGUUUUACAAAACUCAGAGCUGCAAAGUAGACGUUAUAGUUGUUGUUUUUACCUGACAUUCGAUGUUUGUUGUUUUACACCAUUGAAAAUUGAAAUGCUGAAAUCCGCGCCCACUUUCAGGUGAAGGCUUUAUGGGUAUAGGCAAAAAUCUAGGUAACAGAAAGUUUUAGUAAUAGGCUAUGUACAAAUUUUAUUUCUGUAGGCACAUAUAAUGUGACUCGGUGAAUUUAUACUCAUUAUUCUAUCCAAUCGCAUUUUUUUCAAAAUCACUGUCACGAUUAUGUUCAAAAUUACUGAAAAUGGAAAGCAAGCUGGAGAGAAGAGGAGACCAUUUACUUGCUGAGGAAGUUAGAAACAAAAGAAAUCCUUAAUUCAGAUCUACUCCUAUGACUCAAGAUAGGAUGAACAUGUGGAGGGCAGUCUCUGACACCAUAAAUGAAUCCUGCCAGUUUGCAAUUUGUAACCCUGUGGAAUGUGAAAACUGGUGCUAUGCUCUUUUUCACAAAGUGCAGAAAUUUCCACUUGUAUAAAAGAAUCUGAAAAAAAACAGGCCAUGAUGCUGCACUCCUACAACUGAUGGAGCUAGAAAAAAGGUUUCCCGAGUCCAUCAAUGGUCCAUGUGCAAUGAUGGAGGGUUCAUGCACAAGUUUUCUACUGUCCAUUUCCCCAUUCAACUACACCCCUUGUUAACGAAGAGGACAUUUUGAAAGUCCAGUGUGGAGCACAGAGGAGCAGACCACAGAGGAGGGGGCCCAGCCACUCUCACAGCCUAGCUGCGUAAAUGGAGCGGCUCCACUGGGUGCGGCAUCGCUGUUGGAGGCUGCUAGUGGGAGACUCUGGGCGAGCCUGGUACUCUGCCCCUGAAGGCCUGCCCAACAAAAGCUCCCCGGACGCCCGUUGUUCUCCACAUAGAGUCAAUGGGAAGCGGAGAAUAGUGUUUGCCCGCAAUGGGCCUCACCAGCAUGAGUACGAAGCCAUCUCCAGAAGCUACAAGGGCAAUGCCAUCCGCACUACCAAGUACAGACUUUUGACUUUCAUCCCCAUGAACCUGUUCCAGCAGUUCCACAGGGCUGCCAACCUCUACUUCCUGUUCCUGGCAUUAUUGAACUGGGUGCCAGUUGUUGAAGCCUUUCAGAAGGAAAUUACCAUGAUUCCUCUGCUCGUGGUUCUCACUGUUAUCGCCUUCAAAGAUGCCCUGGAGGACUACAGACGUUAUUUGUUUGACAAGAAGGUCAACAGCAAUGUUGCACGAGUGUUCUCUGGCAAGCAGAAAGCCUACACUGACCAGUGCUGGAAGGAUGUGCGAGUUGGAGACUUUGUCCGUCUGUCCUGUAAUGAAAUCAUUCCUGCUGACAUGCUGCUGCUGUAUUCCUCUGACCCCCGUGGGGUUUGUUACAUUGAGACCGCCAACCUGGAUGGAGAGACCAACCUGAAACAGAGACAGGUGGUUUCAGACCUCCCACUGCAGGGAGUAGAGUUCACCCCUGAGAGUUUCCACAGCCGUAUUGAGUGUGAGAACCCCAAUGAUGACCUCAGCAGGUUCCGAGGCUACAUGGAGCACUCCAGUGGGGUUCGUAUCGGCCUUCAUAACAGCAACCUCCUGUUAAGGAGCUGCACCAUCCGCAACACCGAGACUGUGGUGGGGAUCGUGGUCUAUGCUGGUCAUGAGACUAAAGCCAUGAUGAACAACAGUGGGCCGAGGUAUAAGCGCAGCAAGCUGGAGAAGCAUCUGAACAUAGACAUCCUGUGGUGUGUGGUCCUGCUCAUCAUCAUGUGUCUGACUGCUGCUAUAGGUCACGGCCUCUGGCUGAAGAACCUCAAAGACCCUAUCUUUGAGGUUGAUGGGGAGACGGCUCCUGCCCUGGCUGGAUUCUAUGUCUUCUGGACUAUGAUCAUUGUGCUGCAGGUGCUGAUUCCCAUUUCUCUGUAUGUGUCCAUUGAGAUUGUGAAACUGGGCCAGAUCUACUUCAUCCACAAUGACUUAGCCCUGUACAAUGAGCAGUUGGACUACAGGAUCCAGUGCCGCGCCCUCAACAUUACUGAGGACCUGGGUCAGAUCCAGUACCUGUUCUCUGAUAAGACAGGAACCCUGACAGAAAACAAGAUGGUGUUCCGCCGCUGCAGUAUCUAUGGGGUUGAAUAUCCUCAUGAGGAAAAUGCUCGAAGGCUGGAGGUGUAUGAGACGGAGAAGAACAAGGCAGCUGGUCACUCUGUGACUCUGAAGUCGGGCUGCAGUGGUAAAUCUCUGAGCUGUCGCUCCCUCAGCUGCAACCGCAGCUCUGUGUCUCUGCACACACUCACUGCUGAGUCAGAAGAGGAGGAGGACCAACUGUCCAGUCACAUCCAGCCCAGGACCAGUGCCUUCUGCAGCCGCAUGGCGAAGGAGGUGGUGCCAGACCCUGAGCUCGUGAGGAAAUUAAAUUGGUUUUGCUCUCCUGUGCUGCCUCAGAGUGAGGCCACUUCUGGGACUCCAUCCAGCCUGGAGCUCACCUACAUCACUGACUUCUUCCUGGCUCUGGCCAUCUGUAAUAGUGUGGUGGUCUCCUCGCCCAGUCAGCCUCGACAUGUGGUGCCUGAAGCACGAACACCUCUCAAGUCCCUGGAGGAAAUCAAGCUGAUGUUCCAGCGCUUCAGCUUCUCUCCUUUCUCAGCCCUCUCCACCCUCUCCCCUCCCCAGAUAAAAGGCAGCCCUCGCAGCUUCACCAGUAGGCUGUUCACCCGGGGGAAAGCCGGCUCCUUCACCUUCUCCACACCUCCCAACAGCAACACAGACGGGUCAGAACCAGGCGAAGAAACCAACCUAGAAACGUCCAACCUGGCGUGUAAACUGGAUUUAUAUGCCAGAGGGGAGGGAGGAAAUGCUGGACAGAUGGAGGACAGGGAGACAGAGAAUGAUAUAAAGGAUACAACAACAAACGCUGACAGGCCCAGACAGGAUGUGGAAGUGGACUUUGAUAGUGGCACUGAUGAUGACCUACUGUAUGAGGCAGAGAGUCCAGACGAGGCGGCUCUGGUCCACGCAGCCAGGGCGUACCGCUGCACCCUGAGGGGACGCUCUGCAGAAAGCCUGCUGGUGGAUCUGCCAGGUAUUGGCUCUCUGGCUGUACAGCUGCUUCACAUCCUGCCCUUUGACUCCAACAGGAAGAGGAUGUCAGUGGUGGUCCGGCACCCACUCACAGGACAAGUGGUAGUUUACACCAAGGGGGCCGACUCUGUCAUCAUGGACCUGGCUGAGACACCCAAAGGUGCAGAGCAAGCUCAGGAGAUCUACAGCCACAUCAGAGAACAAAGCCAAAAACAUUUAGACAGCUAUGCUAGAGAGGGCCUCCGCACACUCUGCAUCGCUAAAAAGGUUCUGGACGAGGAGGAGUAUGAAGUGUGGCUGAAGAGACAGCUGCUGGCAGAAAGCAGUAUAGAGAACAGAGAGGAGCUACUGCUGGAGUCAGCUCAGAGACUGGAGACCAACCUCACCCUGCUGGGUACCACCGGGAUUGUAGACAGACUACAGGAAGAGGUCCCAGAGACCAUUGAAUCUCUUCAGAGGGCCGGGAUCAAAGUCUGGGUGCUCACUGGAGACAAACAGGAGACAGCCAUUAACAUUGCCUAUGCCUGCAAACUCCUCCAACCCAACGACCAACUGCUGACAGCCAACUGUGGAAGCAAGGAUGCAUGGGCAGCUUUUCUCGAGGAGCACAAACUGGAAGUGCAGUGUGGUCAAGAGAGUUUGACUGAAUUGACUACAGCAGGGACUUGUGGGGAAUCCUCCUCGGGUGGUGUGUCUAGCUUCAUUCUUGUUAUAGACGGACAGACGCUGGACUUGGCCCUUCAGGAGGAGCUGAAGAGCGACUUCCUAGAGCUGAGCCGUAGAUGCAAAGCGGUCAUCUGCUGCAGGUCAACUCCACUGCAGAAGAGCCAGGUGGUCCGGUUGAUCCGGGACCAGCUUGGCGUCAUGACCCUGGCUGUAGGUGAUGGCGCCAAUGAUGUGAGCAUGAUUCAGACGGCUGAUGUGGGCAUCGGGAUAUCUGGUCAGGAGGGAAUGCAGGCUGUGAUGUCCAGUGACUUUGCCAUCUCCAGGUUUAAACACCUCAGCAAGCUGCUGCUGGUUCAUGGUCACUGGUGUUACUCUCGUCUUACAAACAUGGUACUCUACUUCAUCUACAAGAAUGUGAUGUAUGUGAAUCUGCUGUUCUGGUAUCAGUUCUUCUGUGGGUUCUCUGGGAGCGUCAUGACCAACUCCUGGGUACUCAUCUUCUUCAACCUGCUCUUCACCUCUGUCCCUCCUCUCAUCUAUGGCAUUCUGGACCAAGAUAUUCCUGCAGACACCCUGAUGGGCUUGCCUGAGCUCUACCAGGUUGCACAGACAUCCAAGGUCUAUUUUCCCUACAGGUUCUGGAUCACAGUACUGGAUGCAUUUUACCAAAGCCUCAUCUGCUUCUUUGUACCUUACUUUGCGCUUGCAGGAUCAGACGUUGGGGAGCUGUCCUUUGGCUCCCCAAUCAACGCCUCAGCUCUCCUCAUCAUCCUGCUGCACCAAGUCCUCGAGAGUCAUACUCUGACAUGGAUUCAUGUUCUGGUGUUGGUGCUCAGUGGCGGGUUCUACUUUGGCUUUGUGCUCCUCUUUAGUUUGUACUGUGUGACCUGCAGUCCCCCCACCAACCCUGUUGGGGUGGAAAAACUCCAGAUGUCCCAGCCUCUCUUCUACAUCAUAUGUGCUGUCACUACUGUGACAGCUCUGUUACCCAGGGUGCUGUUUCAAGCUCUUCACAACACCUUACAUCGCUCUGCUGUUCUGAAAUUAGCUCAGAUGGACAAAGUGGAUUCAGAGGAGUACCAAAAGAGAACGCAGCACUGGAACAGGAGCCACUCCAGAGUCAACAGGCUGCCAGUGUGUGCUGACAACCCCAGAUUGGAGCAUAGCACAGCCUCAGUGGUGUCUUGACCUCCCUCUAAACACACACACACACACACACACACACACACACACACACACACACACACACACACACACACACACACACAGUCAGAGAGCUGCGUCCCACCACCCAGCAGAGCAGGCAGACUCAUACCAGUGUAUGUGCUGGCCAGGGAAAGAAAGACUUGAAAAGACUGUUGAUGUUGACAUGCUGGAUUCAAGCGCAUGUCACUUGCAGAAAAAGAUUCUUUGGUGCAAUAAAAGGCUAUGUACAUUUGUUCAUUUUCCAUUGCACUACUCUACUCUUUAUAGGCUCCGCUGAAAGACUGCUCUAUUUGCUACAUAUCAACAGCCAUAGAAGCCUUGGUGAGACUAGUUUGCCAUUAAGAAAAUCAUGUUUUAACUGGACAUGUUCCACUUAAUGAAUAAAUCAGAGUAGUGAGUAUCAUUUAAUCAGGCAUUUAUGGGAACAUGAGACAUGAAACAUGACCACCAACUUAAACAUUUUUGAGACUAUAAUAUUUUUUAAAGGAGCUGUAUGUUUCAUGUGCUGAAUAGACAGACGUACACCAUCAAGGCUACAUUCACACUGCUGGUGAAAGUGACCAAAUCAGAUUUGAUUUCCUCUGUAUGGCUUUCAAGCAUAACUUUUGGCCUUCCCCAGUGGAUGGAGUUGCUCAGUUAUCAUGGAGAUAGUUGCUACUUGAACAGAGACAGGGGUUGCUGUCGACUAUGUUGAUUGAACAAAUAUUUCUUAACUGAACUGAAAGCUUGCAUGUAACCAAAGAGAUUUGUAAAUGGCACAAAACAGGUAGAGGAUGCCAUUCCUCUGACACAAACAAGGCAUUCAAUGUCUAUGGGAAGGAGGCAGGCAGGAUAAGGAAGCAACAAUGUGAUUAUUAUUUAGAGAGCCCAUAGUGGUACUAGUACCAUUGCUGUGUGUGAUCCAGGUAAUGACUGCAGUGUGUUAAGUUACCACUGUUUUUGACUCAAUCAAGUUUUGGAGCAUUUAACACUGAUAUCUUUUUAAUCCGUAUUCACACUGCCUGAUGAUGAACAAACACACUGGCAUGUUUACAAUGGUUGGACAGUUAGUGUUUACUGUCCCGCGAGCAGUGGACAGUGUGUAGAGAUGUUGAAAUGAGCGGCCUGUCUUUCUUUACCUGCUCAGGUGCUCUCUCUGCACUGGUGGCAGCUGGAAAUCAAAUGAAGGAUUAAUCAAUGAGUCAUACUGAUCUGAUUUUGGAGCGGUCUGUUUAUUUAUUUGCUGAUCUUGUGUUGCUGUAUUCCACAUUCUCCUUACUGAUCCCCACCAUCUCGUCACUGUCCCCCACUGUCACUUGGUGGCUGUGGCUCAGGGGAUAAAGUUGGUCGUCCACUUACCGUUCGAUCCCCGGCUCCACAUUUCAACAUGUCAAAGUGUCCUUGGGCAAUAUACUGAACCCCAAAUUUCCCACGUCGUGUCAGUGGGGUGUGUGUG